GAAAGCCCCGCGGGGCUCGCGUAGGCUGCGCGUUUAGGGGGGAGGGGCGCGGCAUCGCGUCGGGAGUCGCAGCUGUCCCAGUCCGCCCGCCCGCCCGCUGGUCCCUCCUGCAACCCUCCUGCUGGGCAGGGCCAGCCCUGCCCGGCCAUGGAGUCCUACGACAUCAUCGCCAACCAGCCCGUGGUCAUCGACAACGGUUCAGGAGUGAUCAAGGCUGGCUUCGCUGGAGAUCAGAUUCCAAAAUACUGUUUCCCAAACUAUGUUGGGCGGCCAAAGCACAUGCGAGUGAUGGCUGGAGCCCUGGAGGGAGACCUCUUCAUCGGACCAAAAGCAGAGGAGCACCGGGGGCUGCUGGCCAUCCGCUACCCCAUGGAGCACGGCGUGGUGCGGGACUGGAAUGACAUGGAGCGCAUCUGGCAGUACGUCUACUCCAAGGACCAGCUGCAGACCUUCUCUGAGGAGCACCCUGUUCUUCUAACGGAGGCCCCACUCAACCCCAGUAAGAACCGGGAGAAGGCGGCGGAGGUGUUCUUUGAGACCUUCAAUGUGCCGGCCCUGUUUAUCUCCAUGCAGGCCGUGCUCAGCCUGUACGCAACAGGACGCACGACAGGAGUGGUUUUGGACUCUGGGGACGGGGUCACCCAUGCUGUCCCCAUCUAUGAGGGCUUUGCCAUGCCUCACUCCAUCAUGCGGGUGGACAUUGCUGGCCGUGACGUUUCCCGCUAUCUCCGGCUGCUUCUGCGCAAGGAAGGAGCCGACUUUCAUACCUCAGCUGAGUUUGAGGUUGUCCGGACUAUCAAAGAGCGUGCCUGCUACCUGUCCAUCAACCCCCAGAAGGACGAGGCUCUGGAGACAGAGAAGGUGCAGUACACCUUGCCGGAUGGCAGCACGCUGGAUGUGGGGCCCGCACGCUUCCGGGCCCCCGAGCUGCUGUUCCAGCCGGACCUGGUGGGGGAUGAGAGUGAGGGGCUUCACGAGGUGCUGGCCUUUGCCAUCCACAAGUCGGACAUGGACCUUCGCCGGACCCUGUUCGCCAACAUUGUGCUCUCAGGAGGCUCAACACUCUUCAAAGGCUUCGGUGACCGAUUACUGAGUGAAGUGAAGAAGCUUGCCCCGAAGGACGUAAAAAUCAAGAUCUCGGCCCCUCAGGAACGGCUGUACUCCACGUGGAUUGGGGGCUCCAUCCUGGCCUCACUGGACACUUUUAAGAAGAUGUGGGUGUCCAAAAAGGAGUAUGAAGAGGACGGCUCCCGUGCAAUCCAUCGCAAAACCUUCUGAUGCCCCAGGAGGGCAGGGCGUGUGGAAGAACUGGAGGAGAACGGGAGGGGAGCCAGAGCCCUGGGCUCUUUUGGUCUGGGCUCACGUUCUAGGCUUAGGGUCCCCUGCAUGCCCUGAACCCCGAGGCAGGGGGGCAGCGUCGCCUCCUGCAGCCCUUCCCUACACACACAAUAACAUUUAGCUGCAUGGUGGGAGUCUCGGGCUGGAACAGAGCAGCUGAGGAGCCAGCACUGGGUGGUUCUGGGUGCCCCCCUUGCUGGGGCCAUUUAGGCCCGGGGUUCCUUGCUCUGACUCUUGCCGCUGCUUCCCCUAGUGCCAGUGCCAGACACCCAGAUGCCCCAUGUCCUCUGACAGGCUCCCAUGCAGGGCCAGAGUGCUAGAAUGCCUGGGAAGCAGGCUGAAGGGGGGACAGCCAGCAGCCCUUGGGUGCAGUGAGGCACAGCAAUGUGUCUCCUGCCACCUCCUCUCCCCGACCCAAUGGAGCAGUCCAAACCCUCGCACGCUCUGCCCUCGUCCUCCUGGGCACUGCCUGGUGCAGGGCUGAGAAGCAGGCAGUCUUCCAUCCCCAGCAGGCAGCUGUGGCCCAGGGUCAGAGCCGUCAGAGCUACGGGCAGCCACGGCUCAUGUUUGCCACACUGUCCCCUUGUAAGCACCUCACUGAUUGCUGCUCCCUCUCCUUGGCCCCAGUGCCCUGGACAGGAAAGAGUUAAUGGCCUCACUUGUCAAGGGAAAGCCACUUAAUCAGGAGUCAGACCCAAAGUGGGUGGGGGACAUUUCCUUCUCUCAUCCCCCUUAAGAAAGGUCUUCAUGGUGGCCAGGGCCCCACCUCCCUCUCCCCAGAUCUGUACAAUAAUUUAACACAGUUGCCUGGAAAAAAACUUUUAUAAAAUCAUUAUAGUAAUAAUUAUG